AUGUCUCGAUUUUUCCGCGGCGGCGACGACAGCUCUACCGACAGCUCCAGCGACGAGGAGGAGCUCUACUCCGAGGAGGAGGAGGAGGAGCAGAAGCAGGACUCCCAGGAGGAAUCUUCCGAGGCCGAUAGCGACGACUCGAGCAGCGACGAGGAGGGUGGAAAGGGAAUCAACAAGUUCUUGAAAGAUGCAUCCUCCGAUAGCGAAGACAGCGACGAUGAUGUACGAGCCAAAGUCAGGAGCGCAAAGGACAAGCGCCUAGACGAGUUGGAGUCGUCCAUCAAGCAAAUCGAGAACGGCCAAAAGAACGGAGACUGGACACUCAUCUCUGCCGAAUAUGAGAAGCUCAACCGUCAGGUCGCCAAGCUGCCUGGCAGCAGACCCCCCAAGCCAUACAUCCGCAUCCUUGCCGAGCUUGAGGACUUCAUGAACGAGUCCCUCGCCAAGCAGAAGGUCACCCCCAAGAAGAUGAACGCUAUCCAAGCCCGAUCCCUCAACGCCGUCAAGCAAAAGGUCAAGAAGACCAACAAGGAGUACCAGAGCCAGAUUGAUGCCUACCGAGCCGACAAGGAUGGGUUCAUGGAGUCCUCAGACAACGAGCCUGUUGCUCCUGCCCCUACCAAGUCCAAGAAGGUCUCUCUCCAGGUCGAUGCUGCUCCUGCUGAGGAUGAGGAUGAUGACGGUUUCGCUACUGUUGGUAAGGGUGGCCGCACACUCCAGUACACCCCUGAGAGCAUUUUCAAGAACCUGCGAACCAUCAUGGAGUCUCGUGGAAAGAAGAACACCGACCGAACAGAGCAGAUCAAGGUUAUGGAGAAGCUGAACGAGAUUGCCAACACCCCUUACCAGAAGAUCCGCGUUCUCCUUACUCUUGUCUCUACCCGCUUCGAUGUUGGCUCUGGUGGCGCUUCUGCCAUGACCGUUGAGAACUGGAAGGCCGCCGAGAAGGAGCUUUCAAGCCUUCUUCAAGUUCUUGAGGAGAACCACGACUACGUUGUUGUUGAGAACGCCGAGGAGUGGGACGACGACGAGAAGCCUCCUACCCUGCAGGAUGGUGAGAAGCACAUCAAGGUUCCUGGCAGCAUUGUCUCAUACAUCGAGCGCCUUGACGACGAGCUCGUCCGCUCUCUCCAGAGUAUUGACCCCCACACCUCCGAGUACAUCGAGAGAUUGCAAGACGAGGGUUCUCUUUACAACAUCAUCUUCCGUGGCCUUCUCUAUUACGAGUACCUCCGAAAGGACGACUCACUUGAGAUUCCUCAAGAUAGCGUCAACCGAAUUGUUAUGCGCCGUUUGGAACACGUCUACUUCAAGCCCGCCCAGGUUGUCAAGACCUUCGAGGAGAACUGCUGGAAGACCGUCGGCGAGUCUAUCGAGUCCGUCAUCACCCCCCGUGACCAGGCUCAGAACGCUGGCAACCUCGUCAACGUUCUUUGCAACUACCUUUUCAGCAACAGCGACGGCAUUAUUCGUGCCCGAGCUAUGCUGUGCCAGGUUUACUUCCUCGCUCUCCACGGCGAGUACUACAAGGCUCGUGACAUGAUGUUGAUGUCGCAUCUUCAGGAGAACAUCCCCAACUUCGACGUCCAGAGUCAGAUCCUCUACAACCGAACUCUAGUCCAAGUUGGUCUCUGUGCUUUCCGCCAGGGUCUCGUCUACGAGGCUCAGAACACCCUCCAGGAGAUUUGCGGCAGUGGCCGCCAGAAGGAGCUGCUCGCCCAGGGCGUCAUGAUGCAGCGAUACAACCAGGUGUCUCCCGAGCAGGAGCGCCUCGAGAAGCAGCGACAACUGCCUUUCCACAUGCACAUCAACCUCGAGCUCCUCGAGUGUGUGUACUUGACAUGCAGCAUGCUCCUCGAGAUCCCUCUGCUGGCCCAGACUGGCUCUUCCCCCGAUGUCAAGAAGAGAGUUAUCAGCAAGACCUACCGACGCAUGCUCGAGUACCACGAGAGACAAAUCUUCACUGGUCCUCCUGAGAACACCCGAGACCACGUGAUGCAAGCAUCCAAGGCCUUGGCCGCUGGUGAGUGGAAGAAGUCGAUUGACUUCAUCCACAGCAUUAAGAUCUGGGACCUCAUGCCUAGUGCUGAAGAGAUUAAGACCAUGCUCUCCAAGCAGAUCCAGGAGGAGGGUCUGCGCACCUACCUCUUCACCUACGCCCCCUUCUACGACACCCUCUCCACCGAGACCCUCAGCGCCAUGUUCGAGCUUGACUCGACCAAGGUUGCGGCUGUUAUCAGCAAGAUGAUCAGCCACGAGGAGCUUGCUGCUUCUCUGGACCAAGUCACAUCCACCGUUAUCUUCCGCAAGGGUGUCGAGCUCAGCCGUCUUCAGUCCCUUGCUCUGGCCCUAUCAGACAAGGCCAGUGCGCUCAUUGAGAGCAACGAGCGAACUCUGGAGCAGAAGACACAGGGAACUUCAAAUGCCUUUGAGCGACAAGGCGGCCGAGGCCGAGGAGGAAGAGGGCGAGGUGGUGGCCAGCGAGGAGGAGCUCGCACAGGCGGUAACACACAGCGACAAGCUGGUGGAACACAGUUCACGGGUGGCGCGCUGGGUGCGGCUGUCCGAGGUUAG